AUGACGUCCGACCCCAACUUUGACGAGGCCACCCGCAUCACGCGCCUCGAUGCCACCACAUACGGGGCCAACUUCCCGGCUCGAUACUGCAUCGGAUCCGUCCCCCAUGGCGGCUUCAUCGCCAGCUGCUUCCUGCGCGUCGUCCAGACGCACCUGGCCGGCCGUGGCCAGCCCGACACGGUCAUUGCCCACGUCGAGUACGUCAGCCGGACGGAGAUCGGGCCGGCCGUCUUUGUCGUCGACGAGGUCAAGCUGGGCCAGCGCACCAGCGUCGUGCACGUCAGCCUGUUCCAGCAUGCCCUGGCCACCCAGGCGCCCUGGAUCACGCCGGGCCAGUCGCGCCGCGAGGCCGUGGCUUACCUGACCAACUCGGCCCUCGAUCGCGAGACCGGCCUCAGCCUGCCGACCGGCUAUGUUCUGCAGCCGGCAGCGCUGCCGCCGCCACCACCGCCCGCUGACUUUGCCCGCCUCGGCCGCGACGGUGUCGACGACCACUGGCAGCGCCGGCCCAUUCCCCCCGGCAGCUAUCGUGCCGUCAUGGCCCAGACCGAGUUCUACGUGCCCAAGUGGCAGCUGCAGCAGCCGGAAUCCCCCCCCAAACAUCAUCCCUCUCCCCAGCAGCGCUCCAUCGUCGACAUGUGGAUCCGCCUAGCUACCGGCGAACGCUUCACCAACACGCUCCUCGGCUUCGUCGCCGACGUCUGGCCCUACGUCGUCGAGUCUUAUCGGCCCCAGUCUGACGAUGACCCCGACGAUGCCUACUUUGACCCCAGCCAGAUCUUCUGGUAUCCUACCCUCGCCCUCAAUCUCGACGUCAAGAAGGCCCUGCCGCCCGAUGGUGUCGAGUGGCUCUUUGUCCGCAUCGCCUCCAAGCAGAUUCGCAAUGGCCGCCUCGACCUCGAGGUCGUCAUCCUGGACGACCACCACGACCUCGUCGCCCUCAGCCAUCACGUCUCGCUCAUCCUCGAUGCCUCGCGCAACCUCUCGGAGCGGAGCCACACUAAGAGCAGCAUGUAG